GAACACUUUCCCUUUAAGAAUGCUCCUUUGCAUGUCAAUCAGUGAAUUCCAGCUCUGCCUUUCUCUUGAGUCUCACAAACAUUCUUCGAGCUGAAGGGGAAGAGGGAUCAGGUUUCCGGCACAUACACUCAGCAGUCCUGCUGGAAUAUAUGAUGUGAUACCCGAGCAAUUCAACCAAGAACUCAGUGACCAACACAGCAAUGAAAAUCCUGUGCAAAGCCAGAGCUUUCGGUGCCCAUUUCUCCGCUGGAACAUGCGCCAGGCUACUCAGCAAGGACCAGAAGCUCGGCACACCACAGAACUUUUCAAAUUAUGAAGAUAUUAAACUCAACUACAAGCCCAAAGUGCCAGAAUAUUUUAACUUUGCAAAUGAUAUCAUAGAUGAAUGGGCCAUAAAUAGAAAGGAAGCAGGAAAGUCCUCUAACCCAGCUCUUUGGUGGAUAGAUGGCAGCGGAGAAGAGGUCAAGUGGAGCUUUGAAGAGUUGGGUUUUCUCUCCAGGAAAGCAGCUAACGUUCUGUCUGAUGCCUGCAACCUGAAACCAGGGGACAGAGUCAUUGUGAUUCUGCCGCGGGUGCCAGAAUGGUGGCUGUUAAACGUAGCCUGUAUAAGAGCAGGUGUGGUUCUCAUCCCUGGAACGACCCAACUGACAGCAAAAGACAUUCUGCACCGGCUACAAACCUCAAUGGCUAAAUGUAUUAUAACCAGCGAUUGCCUUGUGGAAGCAGUAGACUCUGUUGCUGCUCAGUCUCCAUUUUUGCAAACAAAAAUGCUAAUAUCUACAGAAAGAAGAGAUGGGUGGUUGGAUUUUAAAGGCCUGUUCCAAGUGGCUAAUGACAAGCACACUUGUGUGAAGACGAAGAGCAGUGAUCCCAUGACUAUCUUCUUUACCAGUGGAACCACAGGUUCUCCUAAAAUGACAGAACACAGCCACUGCAGCUAUGGGCUUGGCUUGAAAGUGAAUGGAAAAUACUGGAUGGACCUGACCCCCACUGACAUAGUGUGGAAUAUGUCAGACACUGGCUGGGCAAAAUCUGCCUGGAGCAGUGUCUUUGCGCCAUGGAUUCAAGGCUCCUGUGUAUUCGCUCACAGCAUGCCCCGUUUUGACACAAAUAUUGUCUUAAAGACACUAUCCACAUUUCCUAUAACAACGUUUUGCUCAGCACCAACGGCCUAUCGAAUGCUCGUACUACAGAACUUUGCAAGCUAUAAAUUCAAGAGCCUACAGCACUGUGUGAGCGCUGGGGAGCCCAUCAACCCUCAAGUCAUGGAACAGUGGAAAGAACAGACUGGGUUGGACAUUUAUGAAGGCUAUGGCCAAACAGAAACAGUUCUAAUCUGUGGUACAUUUAAGGGAAUGAAGAUAAAGCCAGGAUCCAUGGGCAAACCGUCUCCAGCAUAUGAUGUUGAGAUUGUUGAUGAAAAUGGUAAUGUACUUCCGCAGGGAAAAGAAGGGGAUAUCGCCAUCCGAAUAUUACCACAGAAACCAUUUUGUCUUUUCUCCCAAUACACAGGUGAUCCAGAAAGAACAGCUUCCACGCGGCGAGGAAACUUCUACCUUACUGGAGACAGAGGCAUAAAAGAUGAGGAUGGCUACUUUUGGUUCGUGGGAAGAUCAGAUGAUGUGAUUUUAUCCUCAGGUUAUCGUAUUGGCCCAUUUGAAGUUGAAAGUGCUUUGAUUGAACACCCGGCAGUUGCAGAAUCUGCAGUUGUGAGCAGCCCAGACCCAAUCAGAGGAGAGGUAGUAAAAGCCUUUGUUGUCCUUGCUCCUGCUUAUAAUGGGUAUGACCCUGAAAAACUGGCCCUGGAGCUACAGGAACAUGUGAGAAACAUAACAGCUCCAUAUAAAUAUCCAAGAAAGAUAGAAUUUGUUCAGCAAUUACCCAAGACAGUCAGUGGCAAGAUUCGAAGAAACGAGCUGAGAAACAGAGAGUGGGGAAAUGUGUAGAAUAAUCGACACAAAAGGGGAAAAAAAAAAAGUUUGUUUUUUCCCCUUUGUAGGUUCCAGCAUUGUUAAAGGAAAAUGCUACAAAGGUCAAAUUAAAACAUCCACUGCCUAAUAUUGUAUCAAUAUGGUCUUUGCAAUAACAGAUCCCUUACCUUUAAAAUGGCAAAGUAUAGGAUUGGUCUAAUAUUGUUAAAGAAAAGGGUGGAAUAACAUCUUGUCCACUUGUCCAUUUUGUUUUCCAUUAACAAGAACCCUACAAUAAUUUAAAAGAAGCUGUACCAGAGGUCAUAAAAAUGUAUAAUGCAUUGGUCUAUAAAGCCUUAGUCAAGAUAUUAUGGCAAAUUGGGAAUAAAAAUAGUAAAAGUAAAUAUUUGUGCAAAUCUAUGUUUGAUAUAUUAGACAAGGUAGAGAAUUUCUUAUUAAAAAGGCAUGUUCUUUUAUGUUGUCACUGAAGUCUGUGGAAUAUAACUAAAUAGAAAUUCAUUCAUAGAUUAGGUAUAACUGCAAAGCCAUACCUGUGCAUAAAGGCUGGGCCCUGUACCUUGUAUAAAUGUGAGCAAACUGAAAGAUAAACUAAACCUAAUGUUACAUUUAUAAUUACUUUUAUAAUUGAAACACACACCAACAGGCUAACUGGCUCCUGACAAAACUGGUCAGUGUGUGUGAGAAUGUGGGAUAUAUAAUAAAAGGCACUACGUUUGCCCAGGAGCAGUAACCUAUAGCAACCAAUAAGCAGUUAGCAUUUACUGGUCACCUGUUUAAAAGGAAACAUCUUAUUGGUUGCUAUGGGUUACUGCUCUUGGGCAAACUUAGUGCCUUUUAUUACAUAUGGGGGUUAGAUUUUAAACUUCACUGGGGCAGAGACUGAUGUAAAUGAUAAUCUACCUGUGUAAAGCACCACAGAAAAGGAUGGCUCUGUAUAAAUAAAGAAUUUAAGUGCACCAAGCUGUACAGCACUUUCCUACCCAAACCAGUGAUAUAAGUGUUGUAGCGAAACAAUUUCCUGCAACAACAUUUGGUUAAAGAUAUUUGGCAUAUCUAUGUAUUUUUCUCUUCCUUUGUUCCAUUGCUUUACACGUAUUCCAGUAAAGCGGCUACUGGCCAUGGUAUGCAUUUAUAGGAGAUAAAACAGGCAUUUUUGAAAAGUAGAUUUUAAAAAGUUUAUUAAAUAUUUUUUCAUGAAAAAAUAAGUCAUUAUUUCAUAGUCUAUUAAAUAUAAAAAAUGUAUAAAAAUCAUCACAAAUAUCUGUUACCUUCAUGAGUAGGCACUGACUUUAAAAUAAAUCCAUUAGCAUACUGUCAGAGCAUAUGAUUGAAAAUAUACAGUAUAUUUACAAUUCAUUAAAAAGCUCUGAUAUCUGAGCUCAAAAGCAAGUGUCUAAUAAAAAUGAUUUUAAAAAAAGA